AUGUCAAAUUUGACAGGACGAGCAAAGACUUGGGCCUUAGGGCUCAAGCUCCACGACCCAAACGUGUUUGAGUCGUUCGAGAUCUUGAAGUCACGGCUCAAAGAGACGUUUAAGCCGCCGAGAUCUGAGUUCAGAGCACGCUCUGCACUCUUGAGGCGACAGCAAGAUAAGCGUGCACGUCACGCUUACGCACAUCACCUGCGCUACCUUGCAAGUGGCGUUACGGAUAACCCUGUUGCUGAUCACACGCCCAUCGACGUGUUCAUCUACGACCUUGUAGAUGGACUGGUGGAGACCUACAUGUUCCGAGAGGACUUCCACACGCUGGAAAAAAGGCUAUAG